UAACUCGUAAGCAUCGUCGUGCUCUUUUGGUUAAAAACUGACUCGGGAAAGAAAUAUCAGCCAUUAAAACCCUCGUUGACAUCUCGAAGCUUUUUCCCUUAUCAAUCAUAUGCAGUACUCAUAUUAGCUCCAUGGACGAACUUCGCAAGCAUCAGGUGUCCUUGAGAGGGGCAAGUGCCAGAGAGAUAUCGAGGGAUGCCCUUCUUGAGAAGGUCUCCCACGAAAGAGAGCUCCGUAGUUAUGCUAGACGAGCUACUGCUGCUGCUAUCUUUGCCCAGAGAGUAUGGAGGCGCUAUAUUGUGACAAAGAAGGUAGCUCUGCAGCUUCAAGAAGAAUGGGAAAACAUGGUGUAUCGUCAUGAUGGUUCAAUAACUGCCAGCUGGGUUUCCAGCAGGCUUUUGAGACCUUUUCUUUUCUUCAUUGCAUGUUUAUCCACUAAGCAUGGGAAGAUUUGCACCAGAGAUGUAAACUGUAUGCAGGCCUGCUUUAAGAUUAUGUUGGAAAGCAUAAAUUCUGCUGAUUCAAGACAGAACUUUUGCUCCCUAGCUUUGGGUACACUUGAAGAGAGAAGAAUCUGGACAUACCAAUCAAAGAAGCUGAUUUUUCUCUGCUUAUUUCUCCUUGCCGAGUGUGAUAAAUCUCAUGCUGGGGGACAAGAUAUUCUUUUAAUUACCGCUCUUGCAAUGCGUUUUCUUGUUGUCUUAACUGAUCUGAAAGGUUGGAAAAGUAUUACCAACAAUAGUCUUAAAGAUGCAGAUGCAACAGUAAAUGACUUGGUUGGGUUUAUGGGAAGCUGUGAAAGUGGUCUCUACAUAUCCAUCAGAAGAUACAUUAACAAAUUGGAUAUUCCUGUUAUUUCACAAGCAAAAACUAUGGUUCAGACGGAUGAUAAAUUCUUGAUCACCACAACUGCAGUAACUUUAGCUUUACGGCCGUUUCAUGCAACAAAUUUUCAAUUAACUGGCCUAGACCUGCUGGACAUGCAUUCUGCUGCUGGGCAGUACUGUUUGUUUCUGCUUACAAUUCCCAUGCUUACUCAACGUCUCCCAGCUGUGCUUGUUUCUGCUUUGAAGCACAAGUCUAUUCUCUCACCAUGCCUCCAGACUCUACUGAUUUUGAGAGAUAAUAUACUAAAAGAGAUAUCCCAGAUAGAUCAUUUGAAAAUUGAGCAGCAUUCUUCAAAGGUGAUUCCAGCAGUUGGUUGGGCUCUUUCAAACAUUAUUUGCCUUUUUACUGGGAGUGAGAAUGACUUUCUGGAUCCUGGAGGGCUCAAUCAAAGUCUAGACUAUGCAUUCUAUGUCCAUGUUGUGAUUAUUCUUGCUGAGAGCUUAUUGUCAUGGCUUGACAACAGUGGAUGGCCUGAAAAGGAGAAUCAAUUUCCUCAGGUUAAUGCUGAAACUUCUGCAGAGCCUGUUGGUAAAGUUUCAUAUGAGAACGAGACUAUACGUACCUUAAAAAUGUCUUAUGUAGACCUACUGAGUCCUGUUUGUCAGCAGUGGCAUCUUUCAAAACUUCUAUCAAUCUCAAAGACUGCUGCCUAUGUUCAUACAGAUGACGCGCAAAAUCCUAAAUACUUAAGGAAGCUGGAACUGCUUGAUAUUGCAUAUUUCUAUUCUUACAUUCUCAGGAUAUUUUCAAUCUUGAACCCUACUCAUGGCCCAUUGCCUGUUCUUAAUAUGCUAUCAUUUACUCCUGGCUAUCUUGUCACUUUGUGGGAAGCAUUGGAAAGUUUACUUUUUCCUAGAAAGGGGGACAUUUGUGCUGAUCAUGAUUUUUCCACUAGUAAAAUUUUGGGGAAUAAAAAAGUUAGAGGUGAUAAAAAACAAAAGCAGCUUAAUAAGGGAGGAGGUAAUAAAUGGACCAAUAUUCUCCAUAAAAUUAGUGGAAAGUCCAGAGCUGGUGUUGACUAUACAGAUUCAGUUGAUGGGCAACCUACUUCACAGGUGGAUGAAGAUUUGCAAGAUGUUUGGGCUGUAGAACCGUUGACAUGUGGUCCACAAAAAAUUUCGAAAGAUAUUUCAUGUUUGCUUCACCUGUUCUGUGCAUCAUACUCACACCUGCUUUUAGUUCUUGAUGACAUUGAGUUCUAUGAAAAACAGGUCCCAUUCAUGUUGGAGCAACAACGAAGAAUUGCAUCAGCGCUAAAUAACUUAGUAUACAAUGGCUUGGCCCAUAGUACAGUUCAGCAGAAUAAACCUCUUAUGGAUUCUGCAAUCAGAUGCUUGCAUUUGAUGUAUGAAAGGGAUUGCAGGCACCAGUUUUGUCCUCCUGUUUUGUGGCUUUCACCUGCUAGAAAGAGCCGACCCCCAAUUGCAGUUGCUGCCAGAACUCAUGAAAUUGUGUUGUCUAAUACAAAAUUAGAUGAUGCUUUGACUGUGCCAAGUGUGGGUUCUGUAAUCACUAUAACUCCACAUGUAUAUCCAUUUGAAGAAAGAGUUCAGAUGUUUAGAGAGUUUAUCAACAUGGAUAAAGUAUCUCGAAAAAUGGCCGGUGAAGUCACUGGACCUGGUUCACGAGCAGUUGAGAUUGUAAUUCGGCGGGGUCAUAUUGUUGAAGAUGGAUUUCGGCAACUAAAUACUCUUGGAUCAAGAUUGAAAUCAUCCAUUCAUGUUUCAUUUGUUAGUGAAUGCGGUGUUCCAGAGGCAGGCUUGGAUUAUGGUGGAUUAUCAAAGGAGUUCUUAACCGAUAUAUCAAAAGCAGCCUUUUCCCCUGAGUAUGGCCUAUUCUCCCAAACAUUAACAUCAGACAGAUUUUUAAUCCCUAAUCCAACUGCAAGAUAUCUAGAGAAUGGUAUCCAGAUGAUUGAAUUUCUUGGAAGAGUUGUUGGGAAAGCUCUUUAUGAAGGAAUAUUGCUGGAUUACUCUUUUUCACACGUUUUUGUACAAAAGCUGUUAGGCCGAUAUAGCUUUCUUGAUGAACUAUCAACACUUGAUCCAGAGCUGUACAGGAAUCUCAUGUAUGUGAAGCAUUAUGACGGUGAUAUCAAGGAUCUCUCUCUGGACUUCACACUUACAGAAGAAUCAUUUGGUAAACAUUAUGUUAUCGAGCUUAAACCUGGUGGCAAGAAUGUUUGUGUGACAAAUGAGAACAAGAUGCAGUAUGUUCAUGCAAUGGCAGAUUAUAAACUCAAUCGACAGAUAUUACCCUAUUCAAAUGCAUUUUACAGGGGACUAACGGAUCUCAUAUCCCCAUCUUGGUUAAAGCUGUUUAAUGCAAGCGAAUUCAAUCAGUUACUUUCAGGUGGUGACUUUGACAUUGAUGUUGAUGACUUAAGAAAUAACACACGUUACACAGGUGGCUAUUCUGAGGGGAAUCGGACAAUCAAACUUUUCUGGGAGGUAAUUAAAGGAUUUGAACCAAAGGAACGAUGUAUGCUGGUAAAAUUUGUGACCAGCUGUUCUCGAGCUCCAUUACUUGGGUUCAAACACUUGCAGCCAUCCUUUACUAUCCAUAAGGUUGCAUGUGAUGCCUCUCUUUUGGCAACAAUUGGAGGACAAGAUGUGGAGCGGCUUCCAUCAGCUUCUACGUGCUACAAUACUCUUAAGCUUCCAACAUACAAGCGAGCAAGCACUUUGAGAGCAAAACUUCUAUAUGCAAUAAGUUCCAACACUGGAUUUGAACUUUCCUAGGGAUUUAUGGAUCUUUGAGGUCUUGAUAUUUCAGCUAGGUGUUGCAGGAUGGGCACAUUACCAUUGUCAUUGGACCUCAAGAUCAUAUCCAACAGAGGCUGAUAUAUAUCAAAGACCUCAAGUUUGAGACCUGGAAAAUUGUUCACCAAGCUUUUGGAAGUGCUGUAUGGUUUCUCAUUGAAGGAAAUGGCAUCACGGUUUAACCUCUUUAACACACUGAUUGCUUCCUGCAUCAGAGAGGUGAUGGUAGGCUUGUCACUCCAAUCUUUUUUGCUCCCAUUCCAUAUACAUUCUGUAUCAAUCGCCAUCAUUAUUAGCAACUGCUUUGUGCUUGAUGAAGCUAAACAAAUUUCUCAUUAGUUUAGAUACCAAACUCAAUAUAUGUAUGCUACUGAUGUGUAUGCCUUCCCAUAAUAUUAACAUUUACCCAUAAUAAUUAAAUCUAGCAAUAUUUUUAUGAUUCAA